AAUCUGCCUCUUACGGUGAAGACCACUCAGCUACGGCUCUUUUUCAGCGAGCAUGGUAAAGUGUCCAAUGCUGAGGUGAUUUGCUAUAAGAAGACCAGGGCCUCACAGGGUAUUGGCCAUGUGACCAUAGAGACGACACAUUCCCAUCUGGAAGAUGCUCUUGCUGCUCUCAAUGAACUGGUUUUGGAUGGAUGCCAUCUCAAGGUUAGCUUGAUUAAGGAGGGGCAGCCACCACAACGUCGGCGUCGGCACAGAUAGAUCUAAAAUCUUGGAUUUUCAUUUUUCUCAUUAUAAAAGUGAAUAUACAUGGAUUGCACAUGCCUGCAUGUGUUGCUGCUCCUUGAUCGCCUUACCUUCGUA